AUGCAUUUCGUGUUACUUUUCGUCUUCCUGAAGGCCGUCAGAGGUGAGGAGGCCUGUGAUCUCGACGGAGGCCCUCAAAAGCAAAGAAGUUUGCUCCAGAACUUCGCAGUCAAAUCCGCCGUGUCACAGGAGAACGACUUACAGCCGGGGCCGCGUCUCAGGCUCAAGGUCUUGGGCUACAACCCCGAUGAGAGGCCUGAGGAAGUCCAGAGCAAGGACACGAGCCUUUGCGAAGAGGACAUCUUCGCGAGGCCGGAGCUUUGCCCAGCAAAGUGUCCCUAUGCAGCUGAGAUGAAAAAGGAGUUUUGCCACUUUCGCUGCGUGGAGCGGAACCAGUGCGGUUUGCUGGGUACAGUGGAGAAUGCCACGAUCCCUGAUGACAGGCUGAUGGUCUGUCGACAUUGCAAUGUAGAAGGAUGCUUGCAUUGUGCGCACGCCAAGCCUGGGCAAGUAGGAGAGAAACUGGAGCACUGCCGUCAAUGCAUGCCGGGCUAUUCGCUCACCGAGGAGGGUGAAUGCCAGAUGAAAGGCUUGGGCUUCUUCAUCGCGAUGGCGGUGAUCUCGGUGGUCGCUGUCAUCCUUGUGAUCGUGUGGUAUGUGCUGAUUUCCAUGAAGCCCUGCGUGAACCCCGAAGGUGUGGCCGAGGGCUACGAGAGCCGCGAGCGCACGCGGCUCACAGAGGUCUCAGGAGAAGCCUAUCCCUUGACCACGAACCUGCUCAGCACCAAUGUCGCGGGCGUUGGAACCAUGGCCCUGUUCCGCUAUCAGUUUGCGCUCUUGAUCUGGGCCAUCACACUGUUGCUCGUCUGGUUUGGCUUCGUGAUCUUUGUGAGCUCUGAUCUGCUGAUUUUGGGCAAUCGACUGGCCGAAUCCCCUCAGAUGCUUUGUGCCAUCGUCGAAUGGGGUCACCACCGACAGAUGGAGCUGAUUUGGACCAAGGUGUCCUGGCUUUGCUUCGCCUACAUCUUCUCCUUCGGUGGUGCCAUCUUCUACGCAGUGCAGCAAACGAAGCUCUUUGCUCGAGCUGAUGUGGAGCAUGCCACCAUGGCGAGCUUCGCCGCCAAGCUGGAGGGGCUCCCGAGCUUGGGCGGGCAUGAGCCGGUGGAGGAGAAGUUGAAAGGUGCUGUGAAGGCGGCAACGGGUGUCCAGCCGGUGGCUGUGAGCGUGGCCUGGGAUUAUGCCCCGUCACGGAAGAUGGUGGAGGCGAUCUUGGAGCAGGUCUGGCGAUGGAAACGACGCGAUGGUGGUUGA